AUCGCAGUUUGCUGAGGCCAGCCACACCGAACACAGCAACGAAGAUUUGGUCGUCUGCGCUACAGCUGAGAGCGAGAGAGAGAAAAAUCAACAAAAUCCGGACAGCUAGCAACAGAGAGCUAGACAUCACCACCAUGAAGUCCAUAUAUUUGCUGAUGUUCUUCUGCGUCUCCCUGGUGAACGCCCAGGCCGAUCAGAACGCCCUGGUUGAUCAGAACGCCCAGGGCGAUCAGAACGCCCAGGGCGAUCAGAAUAACCAGGCCGAUCAGAACGCCACCGUGGAUGCUCAACCAGAUCAACAAAUCGCAAAUGACCCAUCUGGCUUGGACGACAAACGUCAUCCUGAAGUGGGCCACGACCACCACCACGACCACGGGUGUUUCCCUCACACACUAUGCCACGACCACGUUGGCGUGUGCAGGCGGUCGUGUCAUGUCAAAGAACACGAGGUGCAUGGUGGGUGUGGCGGAGGCGGUGGGUGUAGAUGCUGCGCUCAUAACCGUCACAGAUGUUCUGACAGUUUCGAGUGUAGAAAGCACGAUGGACGGUGUCGCAAAAACGGAUGUAAAAAUUUCGAGAAUGAGCUUUUGCACGUAUGUGGACAGAGGUGUUCCUGCUGUAUCCGUAAGUCAUUUCCACCUCGUGACGCAGAGGGUGAAACAAAUACCGUGGGAGGCGUAGCGGAGGGGGCAGAAGGAGAGGCAGAAGAAGAAGAAGAAGAAGAAGAAGAAGAAGAAGAAGAAGAGGAAGAAGAGGAGGAAGGCGGAGAAAAAUAAGAAGAAGCAGCUAAAGGAGAUAAUUAAAAUACUGAAGGAACAAAGGAUAUGAGAGA